AUGUCAGCUUCAAACGACUCCGGUCAACGCUCCUUCGCGACACAAAAACCUUCAGCAGAAGAAUUACUCAAGGACCAGACGGUUGGGCUCGUGCAACUUGAUGAUUACCGAAAGCGCAGACGUGAGGUCGAAGACCAACAGGGCGAUCAAAGCGGGACGGUGACGCCGAGGACGGAUGGCAGCGAUAAUGACACCAAUCUAAUGUUCAAGAGGAAAAAGAAGAAAGUGGUGGGCCGAAAGCUCCUUUCGUUCGACACUGUUGAGAACCAAGAUGAUGUGUUAGCUGGUCACUCAAAGGUUGGAACACAAAAGAGCCAGACUUCCAUCAAUAAAGACAUCGAUAACGAGCCUCAAAUAGCGGUCAAACGCAGCUUCAAACCAAAUCCACACUUGGGCUCAGCACCACCGAAAGCGAUGACCAAGGCCACUCUAGUAUCGGCAGCGACGGAGCGCGAAAGAUGGCGAGCAGAGUUUCUGAAGGUGCAAGAGCACGUCAUGAACAGCGAAAUUGCUAUACCUUUCGUCUUCUACGACGGCUCCAUUAUGCCAGGUGGUACGGUGAAGGUAAAGAAAGGAGAGCACAUAUGGCUUCUUCUUGACAGAUGUCGUAAGCUAGGUGCAGAAUUAGGUAUCGGCAGCGAGGGUAGCAUUCAGGGAGGAGGAAACAAGAAAGCCGAGGGGAAAAAGUCUUGGGCAAGGAUUGGUGUAGAUGAUUUGAUGUUAUUACGGGGUGAUACGAUCAUUCCUCAUCAUCUCGACAUUUACUACUUCAUUGCAAACCAUGUUGCGGACUUGAGCCGACCGGACCGGCUGCUGUUCGACUACGCGGGAACUGCGAAGCUCCGGUCUGAGAACGACGAGCAAUCGUUGAUCAGGACACCAAGAAUGGAGAAGCUCGAAGGUCACGACGAUGAUCCCGCAUAUACCAAGGUCGUUGACAGACGCUGGUAUGAGAAGAACAAGCACAUUUAUCCUGCUACUCUUUGGCGUGAGUACAAGGUGGGCAAGGAAGCUGAUGAUCUACCAAAGGGUCGACGCGACGCUCAAGGCAACGUGUUUUUCUUCUCAUGA